GCAGUGCGCGCUCCCUGGUCCCGGGAUGAGGGCACCGGAUGGAGGGGACGGGGGAGGCGGCGGUGCGCUGCCUCCUACCCCUGGGCUUGUAAAUCCGCAGCGGCCUCCGCAGCAAGCCUCCCGGCCCGCCCCCGACCCCCUCCUCCUCCCGCGCUGGAAUGGUACGUUCCGGUCCGCCUGGCCCGGCUGCAGUGGAUGUUGCUAGAACCCACGCGGAGGAAGGAAGAGACGCAGGCAGGCUGCGGUGACCCAAGCGGCCGCCCCUGCCUCAGGGACCCCUUCCCGGAGACACGGCACCAUGACCCAAGGAAAGAUCUCCGUGGCUAACAAGGCCCCCGGGAUGGAGGGGCAGCAGCAGGCCAAUGGUGAGAAGAAGGAGACUCCAGCAGUGCCCUCAGCCCCGCCCUCCUAUGAGGAGGCCACCUCUGGGGAGGGACUGAAGGCAGGGGCCUUCCCCCCAGCCCCUUCGGCUGUGCCUCUCCACCCCAGCUGGGCCUAUGUGGACCCUAGCAGCUCCAGUUAUGAGAAUGGUUUCCCGGCUGGAGACCAUGAGCUCUUCACCACCUUCAGUUGGGAUGACCAGAAAGUUCGCCGAGUCUUCAUCAGAAAGGUCUAUACAAUCCUGCUGAUCCAGCUGCUGGUGACCUUGGGUGUCGUGGCUCUUUUUACCUUCUGUGACCCCGUUAAGGACUAUGUUCAGGCCAACCCAGGAUGGUACUGGGCAUCCUACGCUGUAUUCUUUGCGACCUAUCUGACCCUGGCCUGCUGUUCUGGACCUAGGAGGCAUUUCCCCUGGAACCUGAUUCUCCUGACCAUCUUCACCCUGUCCAUGGCCUACCUCACUGGGAUGUUGUCCAGCUACUACAACACCACGUCCGUCCUGCUGUGCCUGGGCAUCACGGCUCUUGUCUGCCUCUCCGUCACCGUCUUCAGCUUCCAGACUAAGUUUGACUUCACCUCCUGCCAGGGUGUGAUCUUCGUGCUGCUCAUGACUCUUUUCUUCAGUGGACUCAUCCUGGCCAUCCUCCUGCCCUUCCAAUAUGUGCCCUGGCUCCAUGCAGUAUAUGCCGUCCUGGGAGCGGGCGUGUUUACGUUGUUCCUGGCAUUUGACACGCAGUUGCUGAUGGGUAACCGACGCCACUCACUGAGCCCCGAGGAGUAUAUUUUUGGAGCCCUCAACAUUUACCUAGACAUCAUCUACAUCUUCACCUUCUUCCUGCAGCUUUUUGGCACCAACCGGGAAUGAGGAGCCCUCCCUCCCUCCCUCCUUUCCUUCCUUCCUUCCUUCCUUCCUUCCUUCCUUCCUUCCUUCCUUCCUUCCUUCCAAGAAUGUCCCCUUGCUGGUCCUCUGACCCUCCCUGUACUCCUGUAAGCCCAGAUAUAAAACUAGCUGCCAGCCCAUCCUUUGGCCUCCCCUCAGCCCGAUGCUCAUCCUCACUCUCUGCAGCUUGUACCCAAGCAUUAGGGGCCCUGUGGAACCGAGGUCACACCCUCCCCCUCUGUGCUGCCCCUUCUCCCCACUUAAUCUCCCAAAGUGGACAGUCAAGGCCAGAGGCUCCCCUGGCUUUGAGGACCAGCAGGAUUUCAGAUGUGAGAAAGAGAACCCAGGAAGCCUAGCUAAAGCCUGCACCGCACUGAGGUUCCUCCUAUGGCUGCCACAGCUGUGUGACCUUGGGGUACACUGUCCUCUGUCCAAUCCACCCCUCUGUUCUUUCCUUCCAGAUCAGGCAUUGACACUUAUAAGGGGGUGGGAGGAAGCGGGGCGAGGAAGUGAGGCUGCUUUGCAGGUGGGGGGGAUGUGGGUGGACCAAAUGGUUGUCCCAGGCUGCCCAUCCUCGCAGCUUUGAGACCAGCAGCUUGUUCUAGGCACUUGAGCCCUGGGGCCCGUGGGAGAGGGACAGGAAGCCAUCUGCACUUGCCUUGGUUUACCCUCCUGGGUCAUGACAGAGCACUGCUGGGGUAGGAGGUGCGGACAGGGGGCUCUGCUUCUAAAGUGGGGACCUGUCCAGGGGUUGUAAGGGAAGUGCGAACAGGCAGCCCUCUGGGAGGCGUGGGCUCUGUAGUAGCACCAAUUCACCCCGACCUGCAUCUCCCUGGGGGGCGUUUGAGGUUGGCUGGACUGACCUUCUCUCACCCUCUUCUCUGGACCCCCUGGGUUGUCCCCCACCCUAGGCCUAGGGUUGAGUGGAGUGCUUGGGCCCUAGAGGAUUGGAUGCUCUGAGAGAGGGAUGGUUAUACUAGUUGCUGAAACAGCCCCACUGGGAGGGAAUCCUGCCCUACCCUGAGGCCUUUCUGCACUUCUUUCCUAAACUCUCCCCCAUCCCCUGCUGCCAUGUGCUGGCUGAUCCCCAAGCCAGGCCUCCUGAGGCCUCAGUUGGCAGUGCCCAUGUCCCUCCCCCUGGCUUCUGUGGCCACUCAGCCUGGAAUCCUAAGCCCCCUCCAUUCCUUAUCUCCUUAUCUCUCCAGUUUGGUAGCUGUUCAGCAGAGCCCGUCCCUCCAGCUGGUCCCAUGUGAUGAGGUCUGGUCUCCUUAUCAGCCUCUAGGCAGCUGAGAGCUGAGACUUGGGUAGGGUGUGCGUCAGCCACCCAGCCCCCUGCAGGCCCUGCUGGGGAGGGGACGAGGGGGCCACACCUGGGGGAAGUGUACAGCCGGCACCUCGCAGCCAGCUCUGGGCCAGUGGAAAGUUACUGGGUGGGGUCAGGGAGGUUCAGAUACCUGACCUUCCCUUGGCCUCUCCCUUCCGGGCUCACCUCUUUCCCCUAUGCUGGGGGCUCUUUUGCCCUUGGAGAGAGUGACUUAGGUAUGUUAUCAAUCUGUUUUGACUCUUCCUUCAGACCACCCUUCCUGUUUUCAGCUUUCAAGAAAUAUUUCAGAAGCCUUUGAAAUUUUGUUCCACCUUGGGCAUUUGAGGAAAGAGGGAAGCAAAAACAGACGGUGGUGUUUGUGUAUGAGACAAAGGCAACUGGGAGCAUGGCUGGAUGCCUACUGUGUGCUGGUCUCAAUUAAUCCAUUAAAGCAAUCCUAUAAAGGGAGUAGUCUGCACAUGCCAAUCGCGGAGGGAAAGGCUGAGGUGAUGGAGAGGAUCGGUAACAAGACCAAGGGCAUACAGCUAACCUACUAGGUUGGGGCUAGAAUGAGACCAGGUGGUCAGGCCAGACAUCUCCUGAUGUCUCUGGAGAUUUGUUGUCCUCUGUGCCACCCCUGGCCUCCCCCCUGCCCCCAACUACCACCACCAAAUUUUGUACUCUGUCAUUUCCACCUUUUAGACACAAGCUGGGGAGCAGGAUUCUGGUGUCUGAUUCCCAGCCUCACUGCCGCAGGGUCAUGGUAUUAAGCAAGAUGGAAGACCUCGGUCUGCACAGUGCAGGGAGAGGCGCCAGAACACUUGUUUCCACUGACUUCCUGGUCUGGUUGCCACCUUCCCUCCAAGGCCCCUUCACUUCCUCUCCUAAUCUCUGGCCCCAGUUCCAAAGGGCUUGCUCAGCCCGGGCCUUGGCCAUGCUUCCCAGAAUCCUCUGUCCAGGUCUUCUUCCUAGGACAGUUUAUGCAGAAAUAGGAUUGAGAAGCUCAAAUCCAAGGCUGAGCUCCGAAAGCUUGGGGGGAAGAGGUAAGCCCUCAGCAACAAACCUGGCGGGGCCACUUGGGCAUCCUCAAAGCAGCGAGAAUAUGCUGCAGAGCCUCCUGCUCCGGGUCCUGUGAGGGAUCUGGGACACGCCGAGCUGGCAGCAGAGCCAGGGCUGGGGGCUGUGCCUUCCGCCUGCGCCGAGGCCAGGAGGAGCCCUAGGAACCCCUGGCCGGGACGUGCGAAGGAGGAAGGGCGGAGGAACAGGAAUGCAGGAUUAGGAGAAACUGAGAACCUGAAGCUGAGCAGGUGCCACAAUCUGCAGAGGAGGAGGAGAACCUGCUGGCCCCUCACAUGUUUGGCAGGGGUGGGGCCGGGCCCAGGAAGGGGUAGGUGGGAUUUUAUAGAGCUCGAGGCAGCCAGGAAUCUGACCAUCUGGGAUGGGAGGCCAGAGGUUUCUUGCCAAGAGGAAGACAGAUCAAGAGAUCCUCUGCUGGGAUUGCGGCUGGGGUCCCCGGAGGCACAUGGAAUUCCCCAGACUCCUGCCCCAAUUCCCAGGCGCGUCUGUGGCUCCUGUGUCACCUGAGGAAGCCCCAGGAAUCUUGAUUCUUCCUCCCAGUGGAGUCAGGAACCAACAGAUACCCUGAUUUCAAAAAGGCCCUGCCUCUCCCUCCCCGGCCCUCCUGGGACAAGGCCAGGAGGGAGCAGAGCUCCCUGCGGGCUGAUUUCACGCUAGCACUUUGCUGCCCCGUGGUGGCUGCCGGAGGAAAAGCAGGGCCUGGUUCUGCAGGCGGGAAGCAGGAGGGCUGUAUGGCCUGAGGUUCCAGGCGGGAUCUGGCUUUCAUUCGUGACCCUUCUCAGACCUCCCCAGACCUCCCUCCUCAUCAGCCUCCGAUGGUUCCCCUUAGUCCAGCCGUUGUCACAUCUCUGUCUGCUGGAAUCCACCCUGUGCAGCCCGGGCCCCGGAGCUUUCUCCCAAGUGACUGAGGGCAGAGACCUACCGCCACACACAGCCCUUCUGGCCUCAGCUCCUCCAAGCUGCCCAGGGUCCGCGCCUGUUCCCUUCCCUGGCCUCGCCUUCCCGGUCCGUGACUGACAGGAGAUAAAAAUAAAAUUAUGACACCUGAACCCUUUCCUUCGCCUGCCUUUUGCUUGUCGCCUCAGAUGGCCGGGGAGUCCGCGUGUGAGGUUUAACUCAGAUUUGAUGUGAAAGGUUCACACCAGAACUGUUUCUCCCAGCACAGCUAAGUGUGAAUUAAAUCUCCACACUUAUCUUGAUGGGGAAAAAGAAACACUGGGGGCGCCUGGGUGGUUCAGAUGGUUAAGCGACUACCUUCGGUUCAUGUCUGUGAUCCCAGGGUCCUGGGAUGGAGCCUGGAGU